AACAGUCAACUUUUGUACUUCACAGCGAUCACAUCUACAAUUUAUACAAUACACUAUAUAAACACUCUGUGUAUAUAGAAAAAAUGACAUUAAUAAUGCGCUUUAAGCAGUUGCUACUCUUAACAUUGUGUCUGGGUCUGGUACUCGAGUGUAAUGCGGAUUUAUCAUUUAUAUUUGGAAACACGACUUUAUUCAAUGUGAACUUCAAAUCGCCGGCUUGGUUGGGUCGAUCUCUACCCGUUGUUAGCAAUAUUCGCAUUGAUAAUGAUGUGGAUCCAAAUAUUUUGGUUGAUUCUCAUUUGAAUACGUACGGUCUUAUUCAGAAAUACGGUUAUCCGGCGGAGAAUCACACUGUGGUAACAGAUGAUGGCUAUAUAUUAACCCUACAUCGUAUUGCCAGACCCGGAGCAACUCCAGUACUCCUCGUGCACGGACUUUUGGACAGUUCUGCCACAUGGGUGAUGAUGGGACCAGGCAAGGGAUUAGGUUAUCUGCUUUAUGAGCAAGGCUACGAUGUCUGGAUGGCAAAUGUGAGGGGAAAUACGUAUUCGAGGGGGCACAUAAAGUACACACAUAAUCAUGCUAAAUACUGGGAUUUCACAUUUCACGAAAUGGGCGUCCAUGAUAUACCCAGUUCUAUUGAUUUUAUACUCAAGAAAACUGGCUACCCACAGCUUCAUUACAUUGGACACUCGCAGGGAACCGUUGUCUUCUGGAUUAUGGGCAGUGAGAGACCCGAGUAUAUGAAAAAAAUUAUCUAUAUGCAGGCCUUGGCACCCGUUGCAUAUCUGAAUCAUUGCAAGAGUCCCGUAGUUAAUUUCCUGGCUGAAUUUCACACUUCGGUGAGCUUUAUAUUGAAGUUGAUUGGCGUACAUGAAUUUCUGCCUCAAAAUGAGUUCAUUGUGAUGUUCAAUCAGCUGAUUUGCGAUGAGACUACAAUCACCAAAGAAAUCUGCUCGAAUGUGAUCUUCCUCACGACAGGCUUUGAUAAAUACCAGUUGAAUGAGACCAUGUUGCCAGUUGUUGUGGGGCAUGCCCCAGCUGGUGCCUCAACCAAACAGAUGCAGCACUUUGGUCAGCUCCGAAGAUCUGGAACCUUCCGCCAGUUCGAUUAUGGUUGGCUGCGGAAUCAUUGGCGUUAUAAUAGCAUUACACCUCCCGAAUACAAACUGGAGAAUGUUAAGGCCAAGGUUGCAUUGUACUACGCUGAAAACGAUUGGUUGGCCCAACCCGAUGAUGUGGAGGCUCUAAGUCUUCAUCUGCCCAACGUGGUAUCCCAAUAUCUAGUCGACUAUCCGAAAUUCAAUCAUCUCGACUUCAUUUGGGGAGUAGAUGCUCGGGAUUUACUCUGGGAUCGCAUGCUAAGAAAUAUGCAAUCCAUUGAUAAUGAACAUUUCAGGGACAAUUUAACUGCCUGAAAAGAGUUAGUGUAAGAAUCCUAAACUAGCAGUAUGAUAAUAAGUAUAUAAUAACUAUUUAUUGAUUGUGCAAAUCUUAGAAUAAUCAAAUAAAGUGCAUGUGAUAAUGUUUAUAUAUCCCAAAAA